AUGUCUUUAUCGGCCAACGACAACAAUGGCUCCUAUUCCAGGGUUCCUCCAAGUGGCAAGACCCCACCUCCAGCUCCUUCUGCGGCAUUCGCGAAGAGAGCUAGAGAGCUUCAAGGCGAAGGCUUAGGCGGCAGGUACUUGCCUCCGGCGCUUCGUGGUAUGUCGACAGGGGGUUCCCAAUCAAACGAGGCUCCGCCCUCUCUUACGACCUCAGGGGAUGGCUCAAUUUUGCCACCCACGAAUUACCCUCCAGGGUUUAGAAGGGCAAGGGCUGGGACCUUACCUUCGAAUGUUCAACUUGCUGCUCAGCGCCUCGCAGCAUCGACCACUGAUACUCCUGUGGAACAAAUACAAAGACAAUCCAGCCUUUCUUCCCAGGUUCCUGCCCUGACUUCUGUUGCACCCGGAAGACCCGGGCUUCGUCACUCUUCUACCACGGUACCUCCACCUAUCUCGUCCACUGUGGGUGAAAGGGCCAGCCGCCUUCGGUCUGGUUCCCUUACGCUCCCGACUGGAGGUCUUUCCAAUGCAUUCGGACCAUCCAUUUUCUCAUCUUCCUGGUUGUCUACCUCUACCAAUGGCUCUGCAGGUUUCUCUGUCCUCGACGAGUUGCGUUCAGUCACCUCGGCUGAUUCAGGAGCGGAUGAUUUCGAUGUGCACACUUUGGACUACCUUGGUUUGGAUGACAGCCAUAGACCUCCACCUCCUGCAGCGACCAUUUCUGAAUUGCGCACGCAGACUCAAGCUGCGAUUGCCGGGAAUUUGGCUAGUACACGUAUGCGCGCUACCACAGUCUCUAACCCCUACCGUACACGGCCUUCUCUUACUGGAUCCUUGCUAUCGACUCCAGCUGCGGAGGAAGAGGAAGAAUAUUUUGUAGAUAGUUAUGACAACAUGGGCUAUGACCGUCAGCAACUUGGCGCCUACGAUAUUUCCAACUCUCAGGGCGACUUCAACCAGUCCUCCUAUCUCUCCAAAACAUUCAAGGCUACCGAAAACCGACCUCGUGCUAUCUCUGUCGGCAUUCUCGAUGACCCCAUGCGAUCUCUCCAACGACGCGCCAUAUCAAGCGAUGCUAACUCUUACCUGAACGAGAUUUCCCAGCCUGGUCUUUCCCUGUCUAACAACCUUGGCAACCCCUCAGGUAUUUUGAAAACGGACAAAUUGUCGUCUGCUCGUGCAGGUGUUUCUCCAAGCGUUCAUUUCCCUCCUAAUGGCGGAGACCUUCCCAUUGGACGCGGCGCAUCCGCAUACCUUCUUGCACCCGGUGGCCAUAACCGCUCCGUUUCUCCCAAGUCUGAACAACCUUCCACUCAGUUGCAGACUCCCACGCGUUCUCUCUGGAUUGGGAACCUGGAUAGUGCAGUCACUAGCGAACAGCUCAUUCAUGUUUUUGCACCCUAUGGUGCAAUUGAGAGCCUGAGACUUCUUCCUGAGAAGGAGUGUGGAUUUGUCAACUUUGUUGACCAAGCCGAUGCCAUUCGUGCGAAAGACGAUGUUUUGAAUCGCCUUGGUGGAAAUAUUGGGAUGCCCAACGGGCAGACUGUCAGAAUUGGGUUUGGAAAGGCGGACAGCGCUCCUGUUGCUCCUGCCAAGGGCAAUCCCGCUAGUCCUGGUCCCACUUCUCCAAGCAACGCAGGUACCAAGUCAGCUGGUGCUAAUGCGGGUCUCGGCGGAAUGGAUGCUCAGCUCCAGUCCACUCCUACACGUGCUCUUUGGAUUGGAUCAAUCCCUUCUUCUACCACUCCUGCAACGAUCCUCAGCGUCUUCAGUCCUUAUGGCCCUAUUGAAUCGGCUCGUGUGUUGACCCACAAGAACUGUGGUUUCAUUAACUUUGAGCGGCUCGAUGACGCUGUUCGCGCUCGCAAGGCUCUCAAUGGCCGCGACGUUCUCGGAAGCGACGUCGGAGCAAUCCGCAUCGGUUUCGCAAAAGUCCCAGUCAAGAAUGGACAAGAAGGAACUGGUUCUCCGGAAGAAAGUACCAAUGUUGUCGCUCAAGGUGUUGGUGAUCUGAGCGUUGGCGCCACAAUCCAUGCUCUCCGUGGCAUUAAAGGUGCCUCGACGAUUCCUGCAGAACAACAGGUUUUGGGAGGCGUUGUCGAGAACUACCGAUCCAAUUUGCUCUUGAGUAUGAUUUCAUCUGGCUUGCAUAACAGCCCUGUUGCCCCAGACGGCACGAAGCCUGCUGGCUUCACACCUUCUGUUACUGAGCAACAAAUGAUCUUACGAGAGUUGAGCGGUGGAAGUAGUGAUGCCGAGGCUGACAUUCAGAGUUUGUCUGAAUUUCGCCCUCCAACCAUGUAUUACACAACAAUCCCUCUUGUGUCUGAAAGGACCCAUAACCGUCGAUGGGACGCCUCCAAAUUACGUGAACUGCGCAAACGUCUGGAUUCUGGCACAAUGACAGUUGAGGAGAUUGACCAGGUGGCCGCGGACUUCAUGGAUAGCGAGAUCGUCGAUCUUGCCUCGGACUGGCUUGGGAACACUGUUGUCCAAAAAUUGUUCGAAAGAUGCUCGGCUGUUCCAAGGGUCAACAUGCUUGAGCGUAUUUGCCCCCACCUUGCCAUGAUCGGUAUCCACAAGAAUGGAACAUGGGCGGCUCAGAAGAUUAUUGAAUGCGUUUCUAGCCCCGAUGAGGUUGCCCUUAUUGCACAGAACCUUCGCGCAUACGCCCCUCCUCUUCUGUUGGACCAGUUCGGCAACUAUGUCAUUCAAUGCUGCUUGCGUUUCGGGGCUCCUGCCAACGAUUUCAUUUUCGAUGCUAUCGUUGAUCGUAUGUGGGAAAUCGCGCAAGGUCGCUUUGGAGCUCGCAGCAUGCGAGCAUGCCUUGAGAGUCCUCAUAUUACUCUCAACCAGCAACGUCGUAUCGCUACUGCUAUCAUCCUUAACUCUAUUCCACUUGCCACGAACCCUAACGGUGCUCUCCUUUUAACUUGGCUUCUUGACACGUCCGGAUUCCCAUCGCGCUAUAACUUAUUGGCUCCCCGUUUCACGCCUCACCUAUCACAUCUGUGCACUCAUAAAUUGGCCUCUCUUACUGUCCUCCGGAUUGUUAACCAGAAGAUUGAACCCGAUGCAUCCAGGCAGAUUGUCGAAGCUUUGUUCAACUCGCCUGGAGAUCAUGUUUUGACUGAUGUCCUGGGUGACCAGGUCAAUGGCGUUGCCGUUGUCCAUAAGAUUCUUACGAGCCCUUUCAUCGAUCCCGCCGCGAAACAGAACUACAUCGAAGCAACCAAGCGUGUCUUAAUUGAAUUAAAGGUUAUUGCCACUCAAGCUUAUCGAAGGCUUAUCGAAGAAGUGGGGCUCCCUGUGCCUAACUUCCAACCUACUUACAACAACACCUUGCCUCCUACUGGCAAGGUGACGAAAAAUUCGAACCAGAACUUUGGUGUUCCAGGGCUUCCCUCCGGGUAUCCCUCCAACGAUCAGGGCUUUGCGUCAAUGAUGGCUGCCUUGCAAAUGGGAGGCCAGAACCCGCAAGCUGGUCCUCCUAACCCCCCACAACUUCAUGUCGAUCCAGCGUUUAAUCCUGCCGCUCCUAGACGAACCGCCCCUUCGAACCCUCCAGCAGCAUUUUCGCCUUCAGCAGAUUUUAGUCCGUUUGGAAUGCGCCAAUCAGAAACUGGUAGCCCCCGUCAAGUCGGGAACAUCCGUCGAGGACCAAAUAUGCCCAACAAUCCUAACAUGUCGCACUCUCCGUACGCGAACCAAUCUCCUGUUCUCUCUCAUGGAGGACCCUUGCCUGGAAUGAAUCAACUCCAGCCUGCUUAUGGUGGAAUGCCGCCACCACCUCAAUCUGUGCCACCUCACGCAUACCAACCCUACAUGUACCAGCCAUACCCACAGAAUCCGCCUUCCAACAUGGGAACAUUCCACGCGUAA